CUAAUGAUUCUGGUUGUCAAGCUUUCUUCUUGACCUCACACUCUUGGACCAUCUCCCAUAUUUCUAAGGUUUUAAGGCAAUUCUAUGAUUGGUGGGAGCUGGAGAGCUGGUAGCAAUGGAUUCUGUGGAUUCUCGUGAUGAGGAGGCACCUCUUAUUAUGGAUAAUUUGCAGAGUCCAACCCCAAAGAACCACACAAGAGAUGUGCAUAUCUUGAGCUCUGCGUUUUUGCUGAUCUUUCUUGCCCAUGGAGCUGCACAGAAUUUGGAGACUACUGUCAAUGCUUUGUAUCUUUGGUGGUUAGUGCUCUGGGUUCAAAGAAUGCUCUGGUUCUGGGGACAAGUGGUUAUUGCCUUAUUGGUAGUUCAUAGCAGCAAGUUUGAAGCCAUCAUGGUAUACCAUGGUACCAGCUUCUUUGUAUCUUGGUUUUGCUGCCUCAAUAAUAUGGGUUGUCAUGCAAGAGAUUUCAACUCUCAUGAAGGAACAGUAAUUGGCAAAUUCAAUGGAGAAUUUUGGGGAACAUUUGCCCUUCACCAGUUUGUUGGAAACCUUAUGUCACUUGCAUUGCUGAGAGAUGGAGAGGAUGGGAGUACCAGAGGCACAACUCUGCUUUUUGUUGUGUUUCUUUGUAGUAUGACACUGGGCACAAUCCUUAUGUGCUUCUUAGGUAAAACUGACAGCAAAGAAGAAAAGGGACCAGUUGAUUCUUCUGUGGUAUCUGUUUUGAAGUCAGUUAUCACUGCUUUGUGUGACAAACAGAUGCAAUUGAUCGUUCCCCUUAUUGCCUACUCAGGAUUACAGCAAGCUUUUGUGUUAACUCAUCAAUCAACUUUAGAGCUGGCUGAAUUUACCAAUUAUGUUGUGAAACCAGCCCUUGGAGAGUCUGGUGUUGGUGGUGCAAUGGCAGUGUAUGGGGCUUUUGAUGCAAGUAUGCUCGGCAGUUCUAAUAAAAAGCCUCUGUUGAGCGGUGGAGGAGCAAAGAGUGGUGGUUCUGUGAGUGGUGGUGGGUGGGAUAGUUGGGAUAAUGACGAUUCGUUUAGAUCUUCUACUGAUUUGAGGAGGAAUCAAUCUGCUAGCGAUUUUAGAGGUGGCAGUAAUGGUGGCGGGAUGGGAGGUGUGCCAGUCAGAUUGCAGUCGACAGAGGAUAUCUACAUGCGCUCGCAAUUGGAGGUUUCUGCUGGGAACAACAAGAGCUUUUUUGCCAGGAAGAUUCAAGAGAAUGAGUUGAGACCCGAAGGGAUCCCACCCUCUCAAGGUGGGAAGUAUGUCAGGUUUGGAUCAAGUCCUGUGCCCUCCCAAGGGAAUAAUAGGGAGAUGUGCUCUCUGUUGUGUCUCAGGGGAUUGGAAAGUUAUCCUUGGUUGCUGCAUCUGCUGCACAAUCUGCAGCUAGUGCUGUCCAAGUGGGCACAAGGGAGAUUUCUACUAAGAUUUUGUUCAGGCUUGAGGUCUGAGAAGGUUAAGGAAGGUGGCUAUGAUUACAAGGUUAACGAAACUGUCAAUGUUGUCACUGCAAAGACAACAGAAACUGGUCAGAAGACAUGGAGGAUCAUGAAAGGGGUCAUGGCACUUGCUAGCCAGAAGGUUGAGGAGUACACUAAAGAUGGCAUGAACUGGAAGAAUGAUAAUUGGCAACCUGAGAAUGAGAAGAAUGGUAUUAUCAAGAGUUCAAUAAACAGGAGAAUAAUAGAGGAUGGAAUUCUACGUCUUGGGGGCAAUCCAUUACCAGUGGGAAUUACUAACAACUCUUAUGGCUUGAGUUCUUGGGAUGAUUGGGACACUGAAGACAAUAGAAAAGAAGAUACCAAAAAGGGUAGUGGGAACUACACUUCUAGUGGGAAUAGCAACUCUUAUGGCUCAAGUUCUUGGGAUGAUUGGGACACUAAGGACAACAGAAAAGAAGAUAUCAAUAAGGGUAGUGGAGCUAUGCCUCUAGUCAUGACAAUAACAACUCUUAUGGCUCAAGUUCAUGGGACGACUGGGACACUAAAGAAAAUAGAAAGGGAGAUUCUAAAAUGGGAACUUUCUUGGGAUGACUGGGACACUAAGGACAAAAGAAAAGAAGAUAUCAAUAAGGGUAGUGGAGCUAUGCUUCUAGUCAUGAGAAUAACAACUCUUAUGGCUCAAGUUCAUGGGACGACUGGGACACUAAAGAAAAUAGAAAGGGAGAUUCUAAAAUGGGAACUGUUUCCCAAACAAUGAUGGUUGGGCUGGAUGGGAUGAUAGCAAGGAUGAUGGAUAUGAUAAUAUCUACCAAAGUCCACCCGAUAAGAAAGCUGUUGGUCACAAUGGGAAAUCAGAUUCAACAUGGACGGGUGGAGGCUUUCUCUAAUGUUAAUCUAUCAUAUAUUUAACCCCUUUAGUAUUUUCAUUUGGCUUAGAGUUCAUUUUAGUUGUGGGAAGUGGAUAGAAAAGUUUGUUUAGCAUAUCUUUUUUGUGUGUGUGUUUAGAUUUUAAACUAAGGAAAGAAGAGAAGAUUGGAGUAAUGGAUAAAUUAUCUCCAUGCAU